UAGAGCAGGUCAGCAUGUGGAGAACAGGAGGCGGUGCAAAAUGGGAGCUAGGGAGAGUGUUACACGGCAAGUGAACUGUGAAACCUGCCACUGGUCAGUGCGGAAGGGCUUUCUAUUGAGGGAGAAUGCAAAGACGUGAUUUGGACCAUCCAUGCAAACCAGCAACAUGAUUAUCGCGACGCAUUGUCUAUUCACUGAUGUAGGGGGUCAAGGAUACCGGGAUGAUUUAUGAAUUAGGUGUGUAUCUAUCUGUAGCUAACCAUACAAUUUUCUCUCUCUCUCUCGCAGUUGGAACUCCGUGAGAAAUAGAGAUGCGCUCAUUAAAGGAAACGGGUAUCAAACAGACAUCCGGAAAACGCAUCCACGUGCCACGGCUGCCUCGCAUGAUGUCAAUAUGUUUUAACAAUACAAAGGAUUCCUUCAAGGACCUCGAUUGAGAUAUCGCAUAUGUGCGCUUGUCAUGGGUGCGUCGACACGGUUAUUUUGCUCUGAUCCAUAUGGUUUUGGAGUGCACUUAUGCAAUGAGACAACCGGGAAUUAAUAAGUAGGACUAGCCUGCAUUGAUACAUAUUCCGACAAUAUGGCUGAUCAGAGUAACAUCCAGUCUGCUGCUUCCAAAAGCAUCCGGCCAUUCAAGUCCAGCGAGGAAUACCUGUAUGCCAUGAAGGAGGACCUGGCCGAGUGGUUUAACACGCUGUAUGACCUGGAUAUAACAGCGGACACCUUUAUGGAAGGGCUGGAGACUGGCUGUGCCCUCUGUCGGCAUGCCAACAACGUGAAUCGCGCAGCGCUGGACUUCCAGAUGGAGUACCCGGAGGCUGCACAGUCAUUGAGGAUGCCAACCAAGGAUGUGGUUUUUCAGUCGCGCAACGUGGUCCCUGGGUCGUUUUUGGCUCGGGACAACGUGUCCAAUUUCAUCGGCUGGUGUCGUCAGGAGCUCUGGAUCAAGGACGUUCUGAUGUUCGAGACCAACGACAUAGUGGAGAAAUGCAACGAGAAGAACUUUGUGCUGUGCCUGCUGGAGGUGGCGCGGCGCGGGGCCAAGUUCGGCAUGCUGGCCCCGAUGCUGAUCCAGCUGGAGGAGGAGAUCGAGGAGGAGAUCCGGGACCAGGAGAACCUGGGGGAGCCCAGUCCAAGCCUACUUCCAAUAAGCAGGGCUUUCGUUUGUAAGGAGAGUGUGGUUGAUGAACCCGAGCCUGCCCCCUAUGCACAUUGGCAACAGAAACAGAGGGUGCUGUGUGACAUGAGAAACUUAGAUGAGUUGGUGCGGGAGAUCCUGGGCCGCUGCUCCUGCCCCGCCCAGUUCCCAAUGACCAAGGUGUCUGAGGGGAAGUACAAAGUGGGAGACUCCAGCGCUCUGAUCUUCAUACGGGUCCUACGUACUCAUGUGAUGGUGCGUGUGGGCGGGGGAUGGGACACAUUAGAACACUAUCUGGACAAGCAUGAUCCCUGCCGCUGUGCUGCCUUUGCUCACCGGUAUCACCAGGCCAAAGCCAGCGGGCAGGGUUCCCACAGCAAGUCCUCUAGCGCCCACUCCUCCCGCUCCACCAGCCCAGGCCCACACUGGCGUAAUGAGGGCAUUGCCCCCUAUAAGCCGCCUGACAGACGCUCCCAGGGCUUGGAGCCUCCGUGUGCCCCCUGUGCCCCCUCCUCCACCCGGCCUGGCCGCUCCCACCACCCCUCCCUCCCCACGGAGCUCGACUCCAACACAGGACGCACCCCCCUACUACCACGACCACCGCGGGACCGCUCAGAACCCCGUCACUUCAACCCUCUCAGGUUUAAUGACUCGUCAUUGAUGACAGUGACCCGCCGUCUAUCAGGGGACAGCGACUCCUCUACAGCCUCCUCUAAGGGAGGAGGAGGAGGGGGAGGGGGAGGCCGCUCAUCUCUGGGAGGCACCCGUCGCUCCGGAGAGGAGGUGGUCCUGCUGGUCAACAGGAAGGAGGGGAAGCAUUUGAUCAAAAGGCCUGGAGGAGGAGGUCAGAUCCCAGCCCUGUGCCCCCCAAUGCCCCGCGCACGCAGCCACUCCCGGGAACGCCCUGCCCCUGCCGCCAUCCUCAAACCCAGCCCCCCACAGGGCCCCUCUGACGGGCUCAGGACCAGUCGUGGGGACAGGGGCCGCUCUCUGGGGCCCGAAGGCCCCCGCAGGGUCCAGGCCUCGCGCUCCCACAGCCAGGGGAAGAUGCCCAGCCGGAGUCAGACCAGCGAUGCCAGCCAUGGAUCCUCUCCCCGUCACGGGGCCUCUCAGCCCCCAUCCUCUGACAGACGAGAGGAGCUGAGGGCCAAACAACUGCCCCCCGCCUCCCCCAGAAUCAGUGGAGGUUUUUCCAGGAGACAAUCGUCCUCCUGCUCUAAUUCACCUAUCAAAGGGCUUCAGAGCAGCAGCCCCAGUAAGAAGACUAUGGUGGCUCCCAGGCCCCCCGCUCCACGCUCCCCCUCGGUAGGGAAGAGUAGGCUGCUGCCCCCAGUCUCCCAGGCAGGCCGACGCUCUCCUCACUCCUCUUCCCCCCGCUCCUCUCACCACCAUGGGCGUGGACCCCGCUCCCCUCGAACCUCCCACGGCCCUCGCUCCAAUGGGCAUGGCCACAGGGGGUUGGCCGGCUCUGAGCGACAGGAACCCGAGGAGGAGGGGCUAGGUUAUAACUUCCAGAUGCUGCCCAAUCUGGACCCCCAGAAGGAGCAGGACCUGUACCGCAGCUUUGAGGCUGAGUUCCUGGCUAACACAGGGCAGGGGCCCAGUAGACCCACAGGGGGGGGCACCCUUCAGCUGCCCACCUCCUCACACCCACAGCAGGGGGUUGGGACUCAAAUCCUCCGCACACCUGCCUCUGCUGACCCUAACGUUACUGACUCGGCCUACUCCUCCUCCAAUUCCUCCACCUCCUCACUCAACGUGGGGGGGAAGGUAGGAGCUCUGCCUGACCUCCGGGAGUCCAAGAGAACUAACUCACAUUUCUGUGGAGGACUAGAGGAUACCCUGGCCCCACUGCAUGGCCAUAGCCCGGGCGGAUUAUCUAAUGGUGGGCACACAGAACCAGAGCGCUGGAGCGGGCGAGGUGGAGGUCUCAGGAAGCUCCCUGCCAUCUCCAGUUCCAUGGAGGAAGGGGAGCUCCUGUCCUCCUUUCCUGGCCGGAAAGACUCAGUACUGGGCAUACCUCUCAGCCAUACCCCCUCCCAACUUCCUUUUAACCCCAGGAGCAUGAAUGGGGGCCAUGUCAGUGGUGCUCCAGGAGAGGUGCUGAUGGAGAGCCAGCAGGGUCAGCUGGGCUGGGGCUCAGGGCCUGAGGGAGAUGUACCUCUGGAGGAUCGCCAACCAAGCUUCCCCUACGACCUGGAGGAUGGAGACCCCAACGAUGACCUCCCUCCCCCAGAGUCUUGUCCCUCACCCAUCCCCCUGCCCCCCUCUAAGGACUGCUCCUUCCAGGAAGACUCCUCCAGUGAGAGCUCCUCCAUGUGCUUCAGCCUGAGUGAAUCACGCUCAGAGUCCUCUCCUCCACCUCCUUCCCUAGCCAAUAGGGAUGCUGUUGAUGGGAGUGUGGUCCUCCGGCCCAAGAGGGCAGGGAAGAAGGCUGACAGGGUGCCCUCCAUUUACAAGCUCAAGCUGAGGCCCCGGAUCAGACCCCGUACAGACAACCGGCCAGAGAACAGCCCGUCACGUAUCCCCACCCCAGUCAGCUACAGAGACCUGCAGGCCGGGGGCAACCUCACCCCCCUCCACACCCCCACUCCACCACAGUCCCCUCAGAGCUCACAUUCCAACGGCCACCCAGCCUCACGCAAGGCCCUGCACCAGGCCUUCGGCGACCUAAUCCACCCCCAGUCAUGCUCCCCCGCCAUGGGCAGCACCUACUCCGUACAGUCAGGGAGUGGCCUGGACACUGAGGCCUGGAUGUAGCACACAACUAACUAAUCAUGAUGAUGCUGAUACAGAACAAUUUGUUGUCAAAUGAAAAGACUGGGCUACAGACUAUUUUUUAUACAGCAUGUCAGUUGCACACUCACUCUUUUUGUCACUUAGGCCCUUUCCUGUCUAUAAUGGUCAGGGUUUCACUAUCCCAUUCUAUUCUUUGCACUCGAAACCUAGUUAUUUAUUACCAAAGGAUUGAUCCAGAAUCUAAGGCUAUUGUUUAAGUUGAAUGGUUUCUUUGUAAUUAUGGGGAUGUUUUGAUCAAUCAUAAAGUGUCUAAUACAAGACAGGCAGCUGUCUUGAAAGCCCCAUGUUUUGCUGCCACCAUAGAGAGAGAGAGAACAUAUGUGGUGUCUUAUGCAUCGCUGAGGGGCAUGAAGAAGUGCCAGGACUGAGGAAGAGGAAAGAACCCCAGGUAGGAGCAGUAAAUCACUAGCAUCAUCAAGUCAACCUACUGACUCCCUCUAGUGGACAGUGUAUGCUACAGCAUCUAUGUCUGCUUUAAUUGUCAAAAUACUGGUGUGGAGAGAUACUUUCUUGCUCAUCUCCAUACUGCCACUCACGCUCUGCUAGUUACCCCCUUCUGUGGACAUCUUUACAGAUCUAAUCUGUAUUGGACUCGUAUAUAAAAACAAUACUCUACAAUACUUUACUGUACAAUGUUCACAAAUAACAGUCCUUUGGACUUUAUACACUACAUAUUCUAUAUGUGCACUACUACUCACCUUCUGCCACCAGCUCCCUGCAUCCUGACUUGUUCAUUGCCAAACAUGUAUGAUGUCACUUUCUCACUGCCAAUCCACAUGGCCAUGAUUGAGUGAUGUCUGGUUUUUGAGCUUUUAGUGUGAAAAUAUACAAAGUAGGAUUUUUCACAUUAUUUUCUGUGUUAACUGCAGUCUGGGGUAAGAGUAAAAUGAUUAUGUGUCAUUGUCACUGAAACAGCAAUGUUGAAUAUUUCCAAUGAUCAAGAGUUAUCUGAACUUGGAAAUCAACACUAAAAUAUGUGUACAAAAGUGGAUGAAUGUGCAUAAACGUGUACAUGUAUACUUGCAUAAAGAUGUGGCUAUAGUGUAUAUAACAAAUGUAUUAUGAAAUGUGUAAAUAUUCGCUGUAUGGGGUUCUAUGCUGCCUUAGCUAUGCAAUAUUGCUGUUGGAAAUGCCUUGACAAUUCCCUUUGCCUUAACAUGUGUGUGUGAGUGUGGUUUGAGAAUGUUAGUGCCCAACAACAACACCCAUCCACUCUGAGUGUCAAUUCAUUGCCAUCACCAUCAGUUUUUUUCUCAACAUUUUGAAUUGUCCAAAAACACUAAAUAAAAAUCAACAUAUUAUUUGAGAUGGAUUUGUAUGAUAGAUACAUAGACGAACCACUCUCUCAUCAAAUGACCUUCAGUGACAUCUAGUGGUUGAAAAAAUAUGGUCUCAUUUGAAUGAAAUUCCUUCACAGAUUGAGUUCGCUAGACUGGUUUGGAGCAGAUGAUUGUUCAUCGUGAUGUAUUGUUUGGUGUAUUGAAAUGAUUUAAGAAUAUGUGUAGGUAUUUAUUGCAUGGUGUUAUCUGGAGAAUGGACAUGAAUAAUAGAUGGUGGAAUGGAUACGUCUGUCCCCUGUUAUAGACUCUUGCCUUAUUGGUAUUAUCAAUAACAGCAGGCCAUGGAUACGACUGUGGUGUUGGCACUUUAACAGGGCUUUGGAGCUUGUAAGACUGCUAUGAAUGGUUUUACACUAGAAUGACAGGGACUGUGCUGCAGUGGGUUUUCAGUAAAUGGAUGGCACAAGCUGAGUGGAAAGAGUUUGUUUGUGUGUGUACGUCUUUCAGUAAACUGAAUCUGAGUGUACAUUCUGUAUAGGAUUAUGUACCAGGUGUUCUGGUGUACAUGGGAAUGUAGGUAGCGUUGUUGAAGAAAAGAAUGAGGGAUGUUGUUGGUCAUAUUUAUUUAUGAAUUGGUCUCGAGUGACGGGUGUGAAAAACAACACUAUGUAGAAUCUAAAGCCAGUGAGAGCCCAAAAUAAGUUAUAAAAAAUAAAUACAAAAUGGUGUUAGAACUGUGGUUCCUAAUGGUUUUAACCAGAGCCCAUAGUUCAGUAAUGCACAAGGUUCCAGGGACCUAAUCCAAUCUCUGCAGACAGUUGAGACCAUAGGUGAUGGAUGGUGGUGGUGUACUAUUUUUGAGGUUUGUCUUUUGAUUGUUAAAAUAUUUGCUUUUAACAUGUUUCAUCUUGCCAAUUAAUGUCCACACAUCAACCAAAUAGACACAAUACAGCAGAUGCUGUUAUGCUUUUAAAAGUUCCUGAAUCUGAAUUUAUUUGCCGUAUAAAGGGAACACUCCAGCAAUUAAUAUAGCCAAUCCAAGAGUGUCACAGGUUUUGUUGAUGACUACACAGGAAUGAGCCAGCUUACACACACUGCCUAGGCUUUUACCUGCUCAAAGAUAGUUUAAAAAUAUUUACCCUCCACUGCCAUAUAGGCUCUGUUUGCAUUAUUAGCCAACAUACAUUUUCUCUCUUCUCUGACCCAAUGAGAAGUUGAUCAACCAUUUCAUUUCAUUGCUUUUACAUGUAGCGGUCUUUAAAAAAAAAUAUAUAUAUAUAUAUAUAUAUAUAUGUUUUAUUUUCAUUUUCAAUUACAUUGUUCAAUUAUGUAAUAUGUUUAAAAUAUUAAAACAUGCAUGAUGGGUUAGCAGGUGACAGGUUUUACCAGUAGUGUUACAUUUUUGUUACAAUAAGAAAAACGCAGGCUAAUGAUUGAGUUUGUCAAUUCAACUAUGAUUGCAAAAUGAUUAUCUAGUAAAAAAUUAUCUUAGGGUGCAAAGUUGCAUGUCAACUCUACAUUGUGCGCUUGGUUUUUGUUUGUCAAAUGCUGCUUUGUAAAUUCCAUAACUUUCUUUCUCUCUUUUGCGCUCCCUUUUUAUCUCUGAAAUCUGUCUAAAUGGCAUAAUAAAAAGUAAUGAAAUGAAACUGAUCGUAACAUACAUUUUGAAUGUUCAUUUGAAUUUAUUUCAGUGUUUAAGCGUUAUUUGCUGAUGUUAUCUUCUAUCAAACAAUGACUUAAUAAAUGAAGAGUGCUUGACAUUGUGGAAUUUGUCUGUAUUAAAUAGCAAUACUGCAAUACCAAGACUUCAUUUGUUCCUUGAAAAUGAAUUGCUGUCAAGUUGUUCUUGUAAUAAAAUAUGUUCCUCUGAUUUUGUGUA